UUCCAUCGAAAGAGUUUGUUACGGUCCUUUUUGAAUGUUGGUGUCUUAUUGCUGGCCAGAGAUACAAAAUUGAGAAUAAACUUGACAUUGAAGAAGCAUCCAUCCGGGGUUUUCAUCUUUGGGUCCAAAGUCAGAAAAAUAAGAGGUUUUUAGAAUGGAGGGGAAUGACGCGGAAGGCGUGAUAAAGUUGGAGUCAUUUCAGAGUGCAUGGAAUUAUGGCAAAGCACUGUUGGAGACACCGUGUCGGCUGGUGGAUCGGGUGACGGGUCGGUCCAUGGACGAGGUGGAGUUGAAGGAAGUGAAGAAGCGGAGCGAGCACGAGAUGAAGAAAACGCUCACGUGGUGGGACCUCAUAUGGUUCGGAAUGGGCAGCGUCAUAGGUUCGGGGAUCUUUGUAUUAACGGGAUUCGAGGUCAAGAAUCACGUGGGGCCCGGUGUGGUUCUGUCCUACGUUAUCUCUGGAAUCUCUGCCAUGCUCUCUGUCUUUUGCUACACUGAAUUUGCCGUGGAGAUUCCCGUCGCUGGUGGUUCAUUUGCUUACUUGAGAGUGGAGCUUGGUGAUUUCGUAGCAUUCAUAGCUUCAGGCAACAUUCUUCUCGAAUACGUGAUUGGUGGUGCAGCAGUGGCACGCUCAUGGACAUCCUACUUCGCCACUCUCUGCAACCAACCCUCCGACAAGUUCCUCAUCCAAGUCCACGGCCUCGCAGCAGACUACAGCCAGCUCGACCCUAUCGCCGUCGUCGUGCUCGUCGUCAUCGGCUUCUUCGCCGUCUUCAGCACGAAAGGCUCCUCCCGUUUCAACUAUAUCGCCUCAAUAGUCCAUGUCAUUGUCCUCAUCUUCAUCAUAGUUGCUGGCCUCACCAAAGCCGAAGCCAAAAACUACUCCGAUUUUCUCCCCUUUGGCCCUCGCGGGAUAUUUCAAGCUUCGGCAGUGUUGUUCUUUGCCUAUGUUGGGUUUGACGCAGUUUCAACCAUGGCCGAGGAGACAAAGAACCCCGGAAGAGACAUUCCUAUCGGUCUCAUCGGCUCGAUGGCGUGCACGACGUUCUUGUACUGCAUGUUGUCCGUGACGCUUUGUUUGAUGCAGAAGUUUUCGGAUGUUGAUGAGAAUGCUGCUUUCUCUGUGGCGUUUGAAGCUGUUGGGAUGAGUUGGGCUAAGUACAUUGUUGCAUUUGGGGCAUUGAAGGGGAUGACUAGUGUGCUCCUUGUUGGGGCUGUGGGACAAGCCAGGUACCUCACACACAUUGCUAGAACCCACUUGUUGCCUCCAUGGCUUGCUAAGGUAAAUGAGAGAACUGGGACACCCAUCUAUGCCACGGUUGUUAUGCUUAGUGCCACUGCUAUUGUUGCAUUUUUCACAAGCCUUGAUAUUCUAGCUAACCUACUUUCAAUCUCCACUUUGUUCUUGUUCUCCCUUGUGGCCUUAGCCUUGUUGGUUCGCCGCUAUUGUGCUAGAGGGGUGGCUACACAGUUGAAUGUUGUGAAAUUCAUUGUGUGUAUUAUUCUCAUAGUGGGCUCUUCUGUUGCCUCGGCGGUUUAUUGGGCCAAUACCACAAAAUGGGUUGGUUACACCAUAAUGGUGCCUCUUUGGUUUGUGGGAACAGUGGGGAUUUGGCUAUUGGUUCCACUAACAAAGAAGCCGAAGAUUUGGGGUGUGCCACUAGUGCCAUUUUUGCCAUCAGCUUCUAUUGGCAUCAAUAUUUUCCUUCUUGGGUCGUUGGAUAAGGCUUCGUUUAGAAGAUUUGGAGUGUGGACUGCGAUUUUGUUGGUGUAUUACCUGUUUGUGGGAUUGCAUGCAUCUUAUGACAUGGCAAAGAUACAGAAGAAGCAGAGAUUAGAGGCCAAGACUGAGUCAAAGUUGGAUGAAGAAAAUGUUGCUCCAUCCGUGACAGGGUCUGGUACAAAUAAUGAAGAUCAUAUAUAGGAGUUUAAUUUAACUAGUUGAUGAUUAUGUGGUCAUUGUUAUGUCCCACUUUGUAUGUGAUUAUUGUUUUUGUGAACUUCUUUGACAAAUAAGGCUUGUUUGGAUUGA